AUGGAAGGCAUUACUCUUAUUUCCUGUAAAACACUCAUUUCAGUGUUUCUCUUCCUUGCUUGUGUUGCCAACACAGUGCAUGGCCAAGCUGCUGCAGGCACACGUGUUGGUUUCUAUGAUGGUUCAUGCCCAACAGCUGAAGCAGUCGUCAAGUCCACAGUUCAAACCCACUUCAGUUCCAACCCUACUAUUGCUUCUCCUGGCUUUCUUAGGAUGCACUUCCAUGACUGGUUCGUCCAUGCCGGCAAUGGUAGAGGCGUUCUUGUGUCUGAUCAGAAGUUACGGACUGAUGCCUCUUCCAGAACUUUUGUUCAAAAGCUUUUGGGCGUUAGAGGAUUGCUUGGAUUGAAAUUCAAUGUGGAGUUUGGCAAGUCCAUGGUGAAAAUGAGUAAUAUUGGUGUUAAAACAGGCAGUCAGGGUGAGAUUCGCACCCUUUGUUCGGCUAUUAAUUAA